AUGACUUCAGUUCUCGCAGCGCAACCUCACUCGUUUCCUACGAAGAAUAUCAUGUCACAGACUGAUAGCCCUACCAUGGCCCAGAUACAAGACCCGUCUCUGCGACGCCGUCCAAAAGCAGAACCAGUCGUAGACAAAAGUCGCGGUCGACGUCGAAGCAGAGCUGAGAAUGAAAAGGAUGAUACCGAAGCUGGGGAUACUUCGCCCGUAGAUGGCGAUGGUGGUGAGGGGCAUUCAUCGGGGACGGAUGGCCCUUCACGGAAGCGUCGCAGGAGUCGCAAGGGCUUGGACAAGAAAUUUGAAUGCCCUCAAGAAGGCUGCGGCAAGAGCUAUUCCAGAGCAGAGCACCUCUACCGGCAUCAACUUAAUCACACUCCCAAGCAGAUCUACAAUUGUGACUUCCCGGACUGUACCAGAACAUUCGUCCGGCAAGACUUAUGUAACAGGCAUAAAGAUCGCCACACGGCAAAGGGAUCUCAAUUGCACAGGAAAGAUUCUAUGAUGGGUCAUGCCCAUGCAUCCCCGACGACCGAUGCUGGGAAACCAUUGUCCAUGCACGGCUCAAACUCUCCUGAAGUCAUGAGACCAGGCCUUUCCGGUAUCAAAUCACGCACUAAUCAGCUCCAAUAUCAAUCACCUCAGGAGAUGAGCCCAAAUCCAUAUUCGCCAGUCAUCAACCAACAGCCUAGUACUUAUUCUGGUACGGGUUCAGGUGCAGCGGAGAUUUACACUCAAUCUACUGCUUUCAAGCGCUCAAAUAGCGAUAGUAUGUCUAGAGAGCACACCUCGACCAGUUCUGUGCCAAACAAUCGACCUCAGCGUCAUGCCAGCUUUGGUGUGUCGGAUUGCAAGCCAGCUGAAUUUUCAAGGCCAGCUCUACAGACAGCCGUGGGUCCUUACGGACUGCAGUCUUCUGCAUCAAACAGUCAAAGUUAUCCUCCACCUCAAGCUAGCCCACAAGGAUAUGUGAACCAACAAAAUUUCACCCCAUUCACUCUUCCUCCCCCGGGAUUCUCAACGUCAGCAGCGAGUACACCAAUAGUAACGCGGGAAACAGAGUCGACAUAUCCGACUUCUAUGUCUACUGAAUAUUCCAAUGACCCUAUCCAGCAUCAGCAAUCAGGCCCUGAUAUGAUGCUGCUGGACCAGAUGACAGCACCCAAUACGAUGCCAGUGUUUGGUGGUGAAGGAUACAACCGAUCACCAUUUGCAAUCCCAGAAGACUUUGUGGCGUAUCUGUUCAGCAACCAGCAACUGGAGAAUGCUGCUUCACCUAUGGGUCCGAUGGGUCCCCAAGCUGGUUAUGCGAAUUACCCGGAUUCUGGAAACCAAUACUAUGCUCCAUACUUUGCGAAUGAUGUCAACAUGCCCGGGUUCUUUCCGCCAAAUCAGCAACCACAUCAUCCCAUGGCCGUCACUAGUCUUCUAGACACAAGUCUUCCAGAAACCGUCCUCUCUGAAGAGAAGAGCCAGCAGAUUAUCGAUCUCAUCAAAGAGCGAUUCAACGAGACGGAUCAUGCACCAGUGGCGAGACAAAAGGAGGCCUUGCUUGAGGGCGAUCGUAGUGAAGACAGCCACAUGAUGAGCCGGAAGAUGAUGCAGACUUAUAUUGGAAGCUACUGGGUCCAUUUCAGCGCGCAGGUACCAAUACUGCAUAAGCCGACAUUCUCGCCUGACAAGACACCGAAUCUACUCUUAAUAGCCAUGAUUGCUAUUGGUGCUUCGUGUCUAGACAAAAUGCAUGGCUAUGAAGUGACACAAGCUGGUGCAGAGCUGUCAAACUUCUUGGCCUGGCAUCUGAGAUGGGAGAUCUUUAGCGAUUAUCAUUUCCGGCCUCCGGCGAAAUUAUGGGUCUUCCAAGCUCUGCUGCUCUUGGAGCUUUAUGAAAAGAUGUAUUCAACAAGAGCAUUACACGAACGGGCCCAUAUUCAUCAUGCGACGACGAUUACACUAAUGAGACGCGGCAGCUCACUUAUUGGUCGAUCAGCUCUUGAUUCCCCUCCCAGUGUACGAGAUGAUAAGCAAGGAUUAAAUGGAUCUCGACACUCUUCUGCAUCUGGAGCAAAUACACCCGAUGAAUGGUGGAACCACUGGGUCACGAACGAGGCAACUCGCCGGGCAGCAUUCGCAGCAUUUGUGAUUGAUUCUACUCAUGCAACAAUGUUUGGACACUCGACGGUGAUGGUAGCUCACGAGAUGCGGCUCCCGCUUCCCUGCGACGAAGCGUUGUGGAAUGCGACGAAUAGCGCUGAGGUUGGACGCAUUGAAGCAGGUCUACAUGCCAACGGGGUAAAACCAAUUUCGUUCCUAGAGGGUCUUAAGCGGACUUUGAAUGCACAGGAAGUGCGGACGAACUCUUUCGGCAGAUCGAUAUUAAUGGCCGGGCUUUUGAGUGUAAGUUGGCAUAUGAACCAACGAGACUUGCAAGUCAACUCUCUUGGGGUUUCACAAGCACUCGGUGGACGAGACAAGUGGCGUGGAUCACUAACACGGGCAUUCGAUCUCUGGAAGCAAGAUUUCGACCGCUCUUUGUUGCGAAAAGCAGACAGCGUUCCAGGUCCUUACAUGCACCCCGAAAAGAAGGAGGAGAACGCAAUCUUUCAAAGCCGAACGGUCCUCCACCACCUUGCCCACAUGGCUAUGCACGUCGACAUUGUCGAUUGCCAGAUCUUCGCCCGCGCAAAACGCCUCCUAGGCCGCACAAUUGGCGCGCAAGAUCUCAAUAGCGCUCAACGCCGCAUGAAAGACACCUGGGCACCGACGGCAAAGGCCCGCGACGCAACCUGGUACGCACUCCGAUUCCUAUGCAGCGUGCUGGUCCCCGAAGAAUCUACGUACCCUGGUCAGGACCCUGCCUUUGACUACUCGGCGCGCGACGAUGUGCUCAUGAACCGGCCUUGGGUCAUGUAUUUCGCGGCUCUCAUUGUGUGGAGUUAUGGCUUUGCUCUCGAAGGACCUUCAACGCAGCCUAUCCCCGCACAUUACAAUUUCGACGCGCAGGUCCAGGAUAUGCGGACGUAUCUGAGGAGACUCGGCGGGGUGAGGAGUCCCGAACAACUCAAGGACGUAAGGGGUUUCAAUGGAUGUAGUGGUAUGCUCAUGGUUCUACGCACGACAUUUGAGAAGACUCGAUGGGAGUUGCUGCAUGAAGCAGCACUGUUGUUGAACAAUUGUAUUCAAUUACUUGGUGGGGCCCAGAGUUGA